CCUCACAAAUAUUUAAUUAUUAACAAGGUUUAGGAGGUGUCCUUUAAACUGUUACACCGUUUUUACUCAGUCAAUGUUUAAGAAACAUGUUUCCUGAUAAAGAUGUACUUUGCUCCUUGUGUAAGGCUGCGGAUGAAUCUGCCCUCACCUGUUUUGGGAAUGUGUCCACGCUGUAUCAUUUGAGAAAAUUGUUUGUUUGUACGCUCCUUUAUUUUAACUAGUUUUUCUUUCUUAUAAAGACGUUUUUGGUUUCUACAGUUUUGAUAACUUAAAAGGUGUUCAGUGGACUGUUCAGAUGAUGUCAUGGGAUCUCACUCCACAAAGGAUCUCAGUGGACAGACAGACACAGGGGAGGUCAAGAGUGUCAUUCAUGGAGAAUCUCCUGAAUCCAGCUGUGUGUCCAUGAAGAGUGACCGGUCAAUGGAUCCUCCACCUGAAUUCAGUUCAGGAGCUCCUUGUGCUGAUGUGAGUGUGGAUCAUGGAGGAGAGUUCAGGAUUACAGCAGGACUACGCAAAUAUGUCUGUGAUCUCACACUGGAUUCAAACACAGCACACCCUGAACUCAUUCUGUCUGAGGGGAACAGGAAGGUGACACGUGUGAGAGAGCGUCAGUCAUAUCCUGAUCAUCCAGAGAGAUUUGAUAAGUGUCGUCAGGUUUUGUGUAGAGAGAGUCUGACUGGACGCUGUUACUGGGAGACUCAAUGGAGUGGACGUGUUGAAAUAGCAGUGUCAUAUAAAGAAAUCAGCAGGAAAGGAAAGGGUUAUGAGUGUGCUUUUGGAUUCAAUGUAAACUCCUGGAAUCUGUGGUGCUUAAAUGACAGCUUUGUUGCCUGUCACAAUGAUAACAGAACUUUCAUACCUUCCCCUUCAGAUGGCUGUAAGAGAGUAGGAGUGUAUUUGGACUGGCCGGCCGGCACUCUGUCCUUCUACAGCGUCUCUGACACACACACACUCACACACAUUCAUCAGCACAUUUACUCGACCCCUCUAUGCUGGAUUUAAUCAUUAUUCUGAUGCCUCAGUGAGUCUGUGUGAAAUUGAACAUUAGAGACAACUCCCUGUGAUGUAUUUUCCAUGGUACGGUCCCCAUGUCGGCAGACCCACAUCUCCCGCCAUAUUUGUAGAACUCCUCCAUCAGGCAGGACCUACCACCGUGCCACUCCCACGUGUGGCUUGACAACCCAUGUGGUGUAUUAGCCACUUAUCACCUCCCCCUAGUCUGGGAAGGAUGUGGCCUCCACAGGGUCUUUUCCCCCUGAAAGAAUAGGAUCGGGAAAGAUCUCCUUCCCCGACACAUUUCAUAGCGUUAAGAUAGCCCCAACUCCUCCACACCCUAUGCGAGAAACAUAGAGAGAGAAAAGGCCGCAGAUGCAGGGGUUGCUCCCAUGUUGGUCAUGUAGCACCUGUUCCCCUCUCAGGGGUGCUGGGAAACCUAAGGUCUGUAUAUGACACCUUUUCUGGGCAUUGGGGAGGGUUACGUGCAAGUGAGUGACAGAAGGGAAAUGUCACGGUUACUGUUGUACAGAGUGGUGGCAGCGUAGUGGGCUAAAGCUCAUAACUGUUAAUCAGAAGGAUGCUGAUUCGAUCACCACAGCCACCACCAAGGCAGGGCACUUAACUCCAGGUUGCUCCAGGGGUAUUGUCCCUGUAAUAAGUGCACUGCAAGUUGCUUUGGAUAAAAGCGUCUGCCAAAUGCAUAUAUGUAAAUGUAACCUCCGUUCCCUGAGGGAGGGAACGAGACAUUGUUUCCCUUCUGCCCCGGCACUAGACCUACCACUGUAAACGGCCGUACCUUAUUCUCGGUGCAAAAACCUGACUGACAGACACAUGCCCGCUUCCCUUUAUACCUGUAUGUUCGGGGCCGGGACAUGCAAAUUAUGUCUGCCAAUUUCUCAUUGGCCUUUUCUCAAGUUCUAGGUAAGCGAGGCUCCCAAGGAAGACCGCUUGUCACUUCAUUCGACACAACGUCUCGUUCCCUCCCUCAGGGAAAGGAGGAUUCAACAGUAACUGUGACAUUUUAAAUUAUCGUUUAAGUUCUCACAGUACAAUACAAACACUGUCUGCAUUGCAAACAUUUUCCCUGUUUCAGUCAUCUUUUCUUUUUUUUGUGCUGUCUCAAAGACAAAUAUAAUUUUAAUUUAUUUUAAUCACUGAUGUACACUCACCUAAAGGAUUAUUAGGAACACCUUACUAAUACUGUGUUUGACCCCCUUUCGCAUUCAGAACGGCCUUAAUUCUACGUGGCAUUGAUUCAACAUGGUGCUGAAAGCAUUCUUUAGAAAUGUUGGCCCAUAUUGAUAGGAUAGCAUCUUGCAGUUGAUGGAGAUUUGUGGGAUGCACAUCCAGGGCAUGAAGCUCCCAUUCCACCACAUCCCAAAGAUGCUGUAUUGGGUUGAGAUCUGGUGACUGUGGGGGCCAUUUUAGUACAGUAAACUCAUUGUCAUGUUCAAGAAACCAAUUUGAAAUGAUUCAAGCUUUGUGACAUGGUGCAUUAUCCUGCUGGAAGUAGCCAUCAGAGGAUGGGUACAUGGUGGCCAUAAAGGGAUGGACAUGGUCAGAAACAAUGCUCAGGUAGGCCGUGGCAUUUAAACGAUGCCCAAUUGGCACUAAGGGGCCUAAAGUGUGCCAAGAAAACAUCCCCCACGCCCUUACACCACCACCACCAGCCUGCACAGUGGUAACAAGGCAUGAUGGAUCCAUGUUCUCAUUCUGUUUACGCUAAAUUCUGACUCUACCAUCUGAAUGUCUCAACAGAAAUCGAGACUCAUCAGACCAGGCAACAUUUUUCCAGUCUUCAACUGUGCAAUUUUGGUGAGCUCUUGCAAAUUGUAGCCUCUUUUUCCUAUUUGUAGUGGAGAUGAGUGGUACCCGGUGGGGUCUUCUGCUGUUGUAGCCUAUCCGCCUCAAGGUUGUGCGUGUUGUGGCAUCACAAAUGCUUUGCUGCAUACCUCGGUUGUAACGAGUGGUUAUUUCAGUCAAAGUUGCUCUUCUAUCAGCUUGAAUCAGUCGGCCCAUUCACCUCUGACCUCUAGCAUCAACAAGGCAUUUUCGCCCACAGAACUGCCGCAUACUGGAUGUUUUUCCUUUUCACACCAUUCUUUGUAAAUCCUAGAAAUGGUUGUGCAUGAAAAUCCCAGUAACUGAGCAGAUUGUGAAAUACUCAGACCGGCCCGUCUGGCACCAACAAACAUGCCACGCUCAAAAUUGCUUAAAUCACCUUUCUUUCCCAUUCUGACAUUCAGUUUGGAGUUCAGGAGAUUGUCUUGACCAGGACCACACCCCUAAAUGCAUUGAAGCAACUGCCAUGUGAUUGGUUGAUUAGAUAAUUGCAUUAAUGAGAAAUUGAACAGGUGUUCCUAAUAAUCCUUUAGGUGAGUGUAUCUGUAAAAUGACAUGAGUGUGUCAGCUGGCUUGCAAAAAUAAACUACACAAAAUGAUUUACUGUCUUCAAGUUGUCCCUCUUUAAGAAUCUUAAAACAAUCUUUUCUUCAAGAAUCCAAAUACUGGGGUGUCUGGGUAUCUCAUCGAGUAUUGACGCUGACUUUCAAACCUGUAGUCAUGAGUUUGAAUCCGGGGUGUCCUGAGUGACUCCAGUCAAGCUUCCCAAUCCUUCCUAAGGGGCAGCUAUGGCUCAGGUGGUAGAAUCGCAGGGUUGGCAGUUAGAUUCCUUGCCCACAUUACUGCACAUGUAACCACUAAGGUUAAAAAGGUGCUAUAUAAGUGCAGACCAUUUACCAUUCCUUGGCCCGGUUGCUAGGGAGAGUAGAGUCACAUGGGGUAACCUCAUCGUGGUCACUAUAAUGUGGUUCUCGCUCUCGGUGGGACGUGUGGUGAGUUCUGCAUGGAUGCAGCGGAGAAUAGCGUGAAGCCUCCACACGUGCUAUGUCUCCUCUGUAACACGCUCAACAAGUCACGUGAUAAGAUGCAUGGAUUGACGGUCUCAAACGUGGAGGCAACUGAGAUUCAUCCUCCGUCACCCGGAUUGAAGCGAGUCACUACACCACCAUGAGGACUUGGCGUACAUUGGGAAUUCCAAAUUGGGGAGAAAAGGGAGGGAAAUGAUAACAGCACUGACGUCCCCCUUCAGACGACUGUAAGAGAGUAGGAGUUUAUUUGGACUGGCCGGCCGGCACUCUGUCCUUCUACAGCGUCUCUGACACACACACACUCACACACUUACACACAUUCAACACCAAAUUCACUCGACCCCUCUAUGCUGGAUUUAAUCAUUAUUCUGAUGCCUCAGUGAGUCUGUGUGAAAUUGAACAUCAGAGACACACACACACACAAUUGGAUGAGUGAAAUAUACUCACUGUAUCUCACAUCAACACAAAUCCAAACUCUUUCUACAAAUAAUUUACUACUCAGGGUUUCUGAUGAGUCACAUGAUGAUUUGAUGAUAUUUUCAUUCUAGUCUUCAGCAAAUCAGCUGAAAUGAAUGUGGUUACCAUGGCAAUGACGUAAACUUCCAGCACUUCAGGUCUCUUAAAAAUAACCACAUUAUUGUCACUCAUGUCUUGUAGGAACUGAUUUAUUUAUUUAUUUUUUCAUGACACCUGUUAAGUCUGACUGAAUUGAAUGCAACACUGGCUCAGUUCAUGUGGACAUAUGCAAUUUAUGUUUGUUCUGUUCAAAGUGAUAUUAAACAUCAUAAAGUUAUUAAACAUUUAAGAUAAUUCCACCCGCCAAUACAGUUGCUACAUUGAAAAAAAAAAAGUCACUGCAAAUGUAACGCAAGUAGUGGAGUUAAAUACUGCAAAAUGUUGCAAACCUCGAUUCAGGGCCGUGAACAGCAACCGAGCUCAACCAUUCGUUGGUGGUGUCGCACCAGGUGGACCUUAAUCCAGCCCUUUGCUAUCAUUAGAUCAAAACCAAAUUUGGUCCAACCCUGAAUGUUUUUGAUCUGAAUUGCAUGUGUUUGAGUGGAACUGAAGUGGGAUUUUAAAGUAUAGUGACUGGUGUCACAGAACUGUCACUAAAGUGUUUAUGUUGUACUAAAUUCAGGCAUGGCCUAUAUGUAUAGAUAAGAACAUGAAGAAACUCCUUCACUUACCACUAACAUCCAGCGGUUCUUAUAUUCAAUAAUGACAUGAAUCCAUCAAAGAUUUCAAAAUGAACCUGUACAGUGCAAUAAACCAGCAUGAUCUACAUUAUUCAAUAUUAAAAUAUUAAACAUUUGCACUUUUAUAUGUUUUUAUAUAUAGUUUGAUGUUUUAAAGGUGUAGCCUACAUUACACAUGCAUGUCUCCAUACUAUACUUAUGUCCUUCAAACCACAAAAUGACUCCGGUGGUGUAGUGAUGAAGCAUCUGUUCCACAUAACUGAAAAACAGCAUCUAAAAUCAAUUUAUAAUAAUAAUAAUAAUAAUAAUAAUAAUAAAUAAUGAUAAUAAAUAAGUCUAUGAAUGGGUUGGAAUUAUUAAUGUCUUUAUCUACUGUAUGUGGAGGCUGUGAGCUUAAGUUUAUUAUCAAAAUCUGCACUUCACCACUUAACAUCUCAUGUGCUCGUUGAGUCAGGACGUCUGCGUGCAUCAAAACACUUGUGAACAUUUAAGGCAGAACUUUUAUAUGUGUCACAACCUGUUCAUUCACUUCACAUCCCCUCAGUGUUGCAACCUGUAAAUAUAUUGUUGGACCUUAUUCAGAGGAGACCCUUAUUUAAUUUGUGACCACAAUGAAAACGAGGCAGCGAGGUCGAGAAUAACAGUCUCUAAAUAAUGUUCAUGUGCACAGUCAAAUAUAUUAUAACUGUCACAGUUCUUAAACACCUCUUCUGCAACCCCUCCUUCUGGAACAUCUCUGACACUGGCUGUCAUUGCACUUGGUUGGUGUUGUUUUUUGUGUUUAUGUUUUAACUUGGAAAUGUCAGCUUGAUGACGGACUGUUGUGACCUGUAAAAACAAAAUACACUCAAAAGAACAUGAAACAUUUCCUAAACUGAAAAACUUCUUCCUCUUCAGCAACACUUUCUGUCACAUCAUUUUCUUUGGCUGCGUCACUGCACUUUUUUUGCGGUGUCAUUUUUGGUUAUUUUGAAGUUCGUCAAUCAAUGUCCGCUUGUUGAUGGACUGUUGCGACAGUAAAAAAAUAGUUUCUCAAUAGAUCCUCAAAGACACACAUUUUAUCCAUUUUCACUACUCUAUAUCUUCUCAUUUACCUCUCCAGCAACAGCGUCUUCUAGAUCAUCUUCUGGUACAUCUUUUAGAUCACUAGUCCUUUGCCUUUUUGCUUUUGGUGUGGGCAUGUCAUAUGGCACACUGUAACACCGUGUCCUAACUACACGCGACGCGAUAAAAUUCCAGCGACAGCAAGUGUGUCUGUCCACACUAGACGCGACACGACUGUGAGACGCCACACGUCAAUCAAAAAUCACAGCCAUUCAGAACAGCGUGUGGGCGGAGUCUCUCUGUGUGCACAGCUCGGACUACUGUCAUUGUCAUUGCGACUCCCCACCCUGCCUGUAUUUCAGUAGAUUGUCUGGAAUGACACCCCUGGAUACAGGGACACAAAUCGUCAUGCCUAUUCACUCUUCAUUGAAAAAUAAAGCGAAUUUGUUUUACACAGGUUGAUGCGUCA